AUGUCUACCGAUAAUAUCGUCCAGAUCAAGAAUGUCGACUACUAUGGCACCGAAGAGGAGCUUACCGCUUUUUUAAGCGAGUUUAAAUUAAAAAAGGUGAUUAUUCUAAACUACACCGUUGCUUAUCGUACCGAUAAGAGACGGCCCUUGGGAGUCGCCAUUGUCGAGUUUGUCGAUGCCGACGAGGCUAAGAAAGCAGUUAAAUUGAUUCAUGGAAUCAAAUUUAGAGGCCGUACUAUCUCGGCCAAGUUACAUGUUCCAUUUGUCCCCAAGCCACGGAGACGGAUGACUGUCAAGAAGGACGGAGAACAAAAGGAAGAAGAGAAGUCUGUCGAAGUUGAUCAAGCUGACGACCGUUUGACUCAAACUUCCCGGGAACCCACCUAUGGACCACCAGAGGUGAGUACUGAUACGGUCUAUAUUGUCAAGAUCAAAGCUGACUCGACCGAUAACCAGAUUAGAGAGUUUUUCCAGGACUACUCUCCCCAGGAGGUAUUUGUGUUCACCGAACGGGCCAAAAAAAGAGGUUUAUUUUCCAGAAACCACAAGAGUGCGUUGGUUAGUUUGAAGACCGAGAAGUUGUUGGAAGAGGUCAUUGGGUCCUUGAAGGGCAAGGCAUUAAAUGGGAAGAAAGUUGAGUUGAAGGCAGCGUUCAUGCCCAAGGUUAGAAAGGUCAAGGCGGCAGACCAGAAGCGAAAGGAGGCAUUGGCCGAGAAGCUGGUCGAGGGUGAAGAGCCAGAGCCAGAAGCGCCAGAAGAAUCCUUGGAAGUUCCAGCCGGUGGGAGCGUAAGCGUUGGAACCAGGGAAGUUGAAGGAGAGCAAGGGGUGUCUUCAGGCACCACUGUGGUUGAGACCUCAGCGACCAUCACUGAGGCCACUGCCGUUGAGUCUGAUGAGACCGUUUCUGGUGAAGGUUGUGGUACUAGCGUUGGUCCCGUUGGUGCUAGCGUGGGCGAAGCAACGGUUGCAACCACCACCUUCACCGCCACCGCCUAG